AUGGAUUCAAUGACUGGCAUGGAUACUUCAUCUUCAUCUACUUCGAUGACUAUGACCUUCGAAAACAUCCACACAACUCCCCUCUUUUCCUCGGCCUGGGCUCCAUCCACUUCCGGAAGCUAUGCGGGAACUUGUAUCUUCUUGAUAGUUCUCGCAAUCAUUGACCGUGGUCUCAUUGCUUUCAAGGCUACUCUUGAGCGCCACUGGCUCUCCGCCCACCUCCAUCGCCGCUACAUAGCCAUCAACGGAAAAAACACAGAAGCUGGACGGAUUGACUCGGAUUCGGAUUCUCUCAAAACGGCUUCUUUGGUCACAGCGCAGGGAGUUGAGGAGACCGUCAAACUUGUGCAAAGGGUUUCGCAUGGUCCUAUUCCCUGGCGCUUCAGCGUGGAUUUACCGCGCGCUGCUUUGUUUACAUUGAUCAUCGGAGUCUCAUAUCUGCUGAUGCUGGCUGUAAUGACUAUGAAUGUUGGAUAUUUCUGCUCGGUCUUAGCCGGUGCCUUUUUGGGAGAAUUGGCCAUUGGACGCUACAUUCACUGGAAUGAACAUGGCCAUUGA